UCGAAGAGAGAGCAGAGUCGUGAGUCCGAAGAAGAUCACGAAACCGCGACGCGAGAUCAAUAGCCUGAAUCGAAUAAUUCCUCAAAAAUAGGAUGCCUGGUGGCGUCGUUUUUUUAGUGUGCAUACCUACGUCCAACUACGAACACGAACUGAUCUUCGGCGUGCCGCUGAAACCAUUUAGGAAGAAUGAGAAAUUUGAGAAACCGGUAGACGUGCCGAAGGUAAAUGUACGUCUCAGAGAAACAAGAACAAAAACUCAACUUUUGACGCUCGACAACGAGGACGAGGUGGAUGAUGUGGACAUUACCAACGAUUCGGGAACCAGAAGGUUCCUUCGAGCUCGGGGAAACGACACUUCCGGUCUGCGAGGAAGGAGCCCUGUUUUUGUGUCGAUGGAAACGGUUUUAGAAGAGUUGCUGAAGAAACUGAAGGUCGAGCACAUCGUCUGGUGCAAAGAUAAAGAGGACAUGUACUACGAGGUGAUAUUUCCGGUCCCUGCCGGGGAACCAUGCGAGAAUUGCCUCCACUGUCUCACGGAAAUGGGAAUCGGCGUGAAAAUGAACUCCAUAGUAAGCGUGAUUCCGACCCAGUGCACGUACAGUGGCAUGGGUAGCGUCGGCUCCGCGGCCAUUAAAGACGAUUUGGCACGAAGGCGAAAAGAGUCGGAAGAGAGGAAGAAUGCUUGGGAAGGUUUCGUGGAGUCGAUACGAUCGAAAUUGACAGUGAAACAAGUUGUGGACGGCGUUCGUAGCGGGGGCGAUUUAACGUUCGAUUAUGUGUUAUUGGUACUUACCGCGGAUUGUCUUGCAGCAUUGGGCCUCAUCGAAAACAGCGCAACAAAUGUCGUCGCGGCCAUGUUGGUAUCUCCAUUAAUGGGUCCUGUAAUGUCGUUAACCUUUGGCACUAUUAUAGCCGACAGAAAUCUCCAGUUUAUUGGAUUGAAAAGUUUGUUGCUAGGCAUAUUUCUCUCCAUACUCUUUGGUUUCAUAUUUGGCCUCAUUCUGGGCACUACUGAAAUGCCGUGGGGGUAUAACGACUGGCCAACCGAUGAAAUGAAAGGCAGGGGGAAUUACAGGUCCCUCUGGAUGGGUGUGUUAUGGGCUCUCCCAUCUGGCACUGGAGUAGCUGUGGCAUUGUUACAGGGAAGCAAUGGACCCUUAAUUGGAGUCGCCAUAUCAGCUUCCUUGCUACCCCCAGUAGUAAAUUGCGGCUUAUUUUGGGCGUUGGGGUGUAUAUGGCUGAUCUAUCGUCCGAUUAAAAUGCCUCACAUGAAAGGCGAGUCCUACACAGAUUACAACACUUCUUAUGUUUACGUGUACACGGAUUAUUUGCCGGUCGAGUUCUUCUGCAAUGGCAUAAUCAGCGCAUGCUUGACCUUUAUCAACGUGAUGUGUAUCUUCAUCACGGCGAUAAUAGUUCUGAAGAUUAAGGAAGUCGCCGCUCCGUACACAUCUACGCCGGAAUUACGCCGAUUCUGGGAACACGAUAUUCGCCUGGUUCGCGAUAAGAAUAUUUCACGAGAUAACAGCUCCCUGGAUUCGAGCUACUACGAUGGGUUGAGUAAAACGAAACAACGGGCGUUGGAGCAAACGUUGAACAAAGCAGUCCGCGAAGCAAUUAACGACGAAACAUUCCGAAAAGUGCAGAGAUUGAGUUACGGCCAACAUGGUCCUGAACAGUUUACUUCAAAGUUGGGUCUCCAAACAAGCGAUGUGAAUAAUAUUACAAAUAUUGGUCGCUCGGAGGAAACCAUCUCUGACAAUUUGCGGCCACCUGAGACUUUAGGAAAUACUGGUAACACGAGUGAAGAUUUGGCUGCACUAGAUCGGCUGAUCACGUAUCUUUUGAAUCAACCGAACGGUACCACUGCGGGAAACUUAGAUUCUUGGCGUCGUUCCCGCCGAGCAAGCGCUCGCGGCUACAGACAAUUACGCAGUACUGGCGCCGUUGCUGAAAAUGGCGGUGUCGGUUCUAACAUUGACACAACGCCACUUUAAUAACGCAAAUGUUAUAUAAUUAUUGGACAGUAGACACGUACAGUCCCGAUUGUAACACAAAUUUUAUUAAAGAUAUAUAAGACAACUGUAUUUGCUUUAUAAC